AUGUUCUCUCUUCUUUUUCUGGCUCUGUUGCUUCCGAGCGUCACCUUCAGUUUCCUAGAGGUUCCGGUAAGGCGUUCCCAAGAAUAACCAAGUUCAAGCCAUCCUAAUUAUUCCCAGAUAUUUCGGUUUUUUUUCGAAGUUAUAUAGUCUGUGUACCACGACUUGGAAUUUCACCGAACGACAUUCCGCUGUUCCGCUGCGUGCUCGGCCGCUCUUUAAUUUUUAAUUUUAUUUAAGAACUCGACCAACACGUAUUCCUAGUGGAAUCUAUCAGAAAUGAGAACCAAUUCAAAGCGAGGCUCGCAAAGACGCUUCGCGACGCAGCGGAACAGCGGAAUGUCGUUCGGUGAAAUCCCAAGUCUUGGCACCCAGUCUAUAACAACUUUACAUUGCUCCUAACGGAACUUCAACACACCAAAUUCACGAAAAUAUUUUUAAGGAGCCAGAUAUAACUUUUAACAAGCCUGUAAAAUAUUUCGCGGUCGACCUGGGAAAGGAACCUUUCUGCUACCACUACGAACGCAGAAACGGAGGUAUUAUAUCUCGAAAAACUAUCAAUGAAUUUCAAUAAAACUGAAUAGGAUGGAUUUUUUAUCAAUUAAUGCGCAGGUUCGUAGAAAUUGACGAUUUGAAAGUCGACCUGUAGGCAGAAUUUUUCCCCCUUACCGUUUUUAAAAAAAGACGUUUUUUUCGUUGAAAAUGAAUUUAAUUUUGAACUAUUUUGGCAUUUCUUGAAAAAAAUUUGGUUUUUGAUUCUUGAAUUUUUUGAGAAAAAAAAAUAAGCCAAUGACUUGCAAGCAAACAAAAGAAUGAAACUUCUCGAGCAAAAUAUCGAGCCAUUUUUUAUUCAAAUUUUUAUAAACGUGAUAUUUUCAGCUUGUACAAGCUACCAAUCGGAUUGUGAUAACAGAAGAGCUAAUCUGAAGGUAAACUUUUGGUUUCACUUUAAAAAAGAGACUGAAACUGGACAAAGAUUGACAUUUUGAUAAAAUUUGAUGGGAUCUUCUUUAGAUCAAAAAUUCAAUUUUUUCCCUACCAUAGCCUAAUUCUAAUACAAACUUUAAGGCAUUAUGAAUGUAUAAAAAUUUAAAAAAAGUGAAUUUUGUAUUGUCUAGAACCUCUAGAGAACUUUCAAGAAGAAAUUCAGUGAAAAAAACUACGAGAAAUUGCCUAGUUGCACUAGUUUUUGAAAAAUUAGGAUUCGUAGUUUGGAAGUGGUCUACUUUCACGAAGUUUUUUUGAGGAAACAAGUGAUUUUUGUAGAUUGAGGGUUCAAGGGUCUUCAUUAGGCACUUCAAGAAUAAUUUUCAGAAAAUCCCUGGCGCAAAGUAAAAUGACUUCGCUUAUUAGUCAAAUUUUAUCAAAAUCUGUUGCAAACUUCUUGUGGAUCGAUUCAACUAGAGCCCUGAAUCACUCUCCUGAUCUUUUUUUUGAGAAUGAUAACUAUCCAAUUUUCAGAACGAAGUGUGGUAUCUAGACGGUUCGGUCUGUGAGAGCGACGAGGACUUGGAACGUUAUGCCCACGCAAACUUCCCUGUCGAAAAAGCUGCCUACGAAAAGCGACAGAAAAAAUCUGAUCAUUCUCAUUGA